AUGCACUUUCUGCAUCAAGGACACAUCCCCGAGGGAUAUCUAUCUAUCUAUCUAUCUAUCUAUCUAUCUAUCUACACUAGUCUGUUAUUUCCUAUCUAUCUAUCUAUCUAUCUAUCUAUCUAUCUAUCUAUCUAUCUGUUAUUUCCUAUUUAUCUAUCUAUCUAUCUAUCUAGUCUGUUAUUUACACUAGUCUAUCUAUCUAUCUAUCUAUCUAUCUAUCUAUCUAUCUAUCUAUCUAUCCUAAUCUGUUAUUUCCUAUCUAUCUAUCUAUCUAUCUAUCUAUCUAUCUAUCUAUCUAUCUCACGCAUUCAUAGCUGUCGAUCUCUGGACCUACCUCAAUCUCUCUCUCUCACUUUCUGUUCUUCUCUCGCUUUCUCUCUCUCUCUCUCCUUUUAUUCUAAUUUUUUUCCUAUCUAUCUAUCUAUCUAUCUAUCUAUCUAUCUAUCUAUCUAUCUAUCUAUCUAUCUCAUAUUUUUACUUAUCUAUCUAUCUAUCUAUCUAUCUAUCUAUCUAUCUAAUGUCAGAUUUUAUUAUGCUAAUCAAUAUAUUCGCAAUAGAUAUUUUCUUAUCUAUCUAAUGUCCGAUAUUAUUAUCAUAAUCAACAUAUUUGCAAUAGAUUUUUUCUUAUCUAUCUAUCUAUCUAUUUAUCUCAUCUAUCUAUCUAAUGUCAGAUUCUAUUAUGCUAAUCAACAUAUUUGCAAUAGAUUUGUUCAUAUCUAUCUAUCUAUCUAUCUAUCUAUCUAUCUAUCUAUCUAUGUCGGAUUUUAUUAUGCUAAAUAUAUUCGCAAUAGAUUUUUUCUUAUCUAUCUAUCUAUCUAUCUAUCUAUCUAUCUAUCUCAAUCUGUUCAUAUAUUUGUUACAAUACCUCUCCAUAGAAAACGAAUCUAUCUAUCUAUCUAUCUAUCUAUCUAUCUCAGUCUGUUCAUAUCUAUCUAUCUAUCUAUCUAUCUAUCUAUCUAUCUAUCUAUCUAUCUAUCUCAGUCUGUUCAUAUCUAUCUAUCUAUCUAUAAAGAAAUAUAG